UGGGCUUUUACCUGGACAAUUGUGAGGUGACCCAUCAGGUGACGGGCGAGGUGAUGGUCUUGAAAAUGAACCUGCGUCACUCCAACAGGCGCAACAUGCUGAAAGAGAUACAGCUCAUGAAUCGACUGUCACACCCUAACAUUCUGAGUCUCAUGGGGGUAUGCGUCCACGAGGGGCAACUGCACGCUCUCACCGAGUUCAUAGACGGAGGGUCGCUACAUCAGCUCAUUCACGAUGAUAGGGAGGAACUACCGCAACCUACGAGGGUGCGACUUGCAAGGGAUGUCGCUAUGGGCAUGGAGUACCUACAUUCGAAGGGCAUCUUCCAUAGGGAUCUCACCAGCAAGAACGUGCUAGUGAAGCGUCUGUCUUCCCCCUCACCCUACCACCGUCUGAAAGCCCUCGUAGGCGAUUUCGGCCUUUCUACAACCAUCCCUGAUCCGUCAGCGCCCACUCAGCUGCCCAUCGUGGGCUCCCCCUAUUGGAUGGCACCGGAAAUGCUGAACGGAAGACGGUACGACCAACGUAGCGACGUGUUCAGCUACGGAAUCGUUCUGUGCGAGCUGAUCGCCAGGGUGGAUGCGGAUCCCGAUUAUCUGCCCAGGACGGACAAUUUCGGAUUGGAUUAUUUGGCCUUCACCGAGCUGUGCGGACCCAACGUUGUACCUGAUUUUCUUACGUUGGCUUUUAGGUGUUGUUCGAUAGACCCAUCAUCCCGCCCAUCAUUUACGGACAUCGUCCGAUCACUGGCCGACGUGUUGGCAGAUCUGGACACCGCCGCUCAACAACAACAGUUGCGCGCCAAAUCGGCAGCGUGCGCAGCCGCGAGAAGCGAAGAGCAACUGGCGCACGUCGACGGACCCAUCGGAGCGCCAAAUCACAGGAAAAGUCACCACCGACGGUCUCUCAGCGAAGACAUCGCCAUGUUGCAAAUCUCCUGUGCAGCCACUCCAAGUGACAAGGCCAGGAGACACGCUCUCAUCGCAUGUAGAGAGGAUCCACAUUACAAGCCUAGAACUACGAAUCCCUUCGCCCAGUUGGGAAGGUGGCACGGGGUUAGCAAAAUUGUUGGUGGAUUUUCGUCAUGUUGCGAAAUGCCUGCUGUCAUGAUGGCUGAAGGUAUAGAUCGAGACGUUGGGGAAUUGCCAAAAUCACUUCCUGGUUCUCCAGUAUCAGUUCGAAAAUCGUCCUCAGCAUCGAUCAGAUGCAGUAUAGGUGUGCCAACAGUAACCGAAAUGAGCUCGGGUUUGUUGAGAUCCUGCGGUUCCGGUUCCACCUUGUGCGAGCUGGCCGCGGCGACUUCGGCUCCUGGGGGGGCUCUUUUGAGGCGAAGAGGCAGUUGCGAGUCUGGAUUCUACUCAUCCGUUGGUGAGUGCCUCAGUCCCGGAAGUCUAUGGGGAGAUAGCGGAGGGACCGCGGUUAGUAGUCUUCGGAGUCUGGACGAGUUGGAACCUGCAGAAUUGCAUGCCUUGUGUAAACGGGCCUCUUCUAUAUACACAGAUAGCUCGGAAGAUAUCAGCAGUCUGACUAGUACGGAUUGGCCUCCUGAUCUACAGCCCAAUAUAUCCACCAUUGUCGACUAUUUUGAAAGAAAAGGAGCCACCUUGAGGCAUCCUGGGGGAGUCCGUGCCGGUCUCCAGCUAAGUUCCCGCAUAGCAGCCUUACGUCGCUCCUUGGAGCGUCACAACCAGGGGGCAUCCGGCAGCGGGACCUCCCCUGGCCAGCGUCCUAAAUGUACCUCAAGAUUAGUAAUCUGCGAAGGGGCCGUCAGGUCUAAGUUGCCCCUGUUCGAUAAGAAAACAUAGAAGGCGGGGGCAGGGAGGUAUGUCGCACGAGAAGGAAGCCUUAACGAGGAAGACUAAGGGGGUUAAUAGGGGAUGAUUUUCAAAGGAUUGUAUUGGUCGAUUCGGAAAUAUCAGGGGACGCUAAAGCAAAUUUAGAUUUGGAAUGAUGACUCCAUUUUACAGGAUAUUUAUAAAAUAACUGUUUUUGCUUCAAGAAUAGGAGCAGGGUCAGCGCGAUAGUUUGAGAUUUGCCACACAAAUCGACAAUUUGCACAAGAACCAUUUUCCAGCAAUGGAGUCGGACUCUAUCGAUCUGUCAAAUAUGACUGAAACUGUGGAUUGAUGAUAUUUGCAGCCAAUUAUUCCCAAAAAUAAAUGAAGGACUUUCUUCCAAUUUUGCAGUAACGUUAUUAAUGUUCUCAAAUUUAUUACUCUGUUUUUUAAGAUAUGCCUAUAAUUAGAAAAUAUCAGUAUGAUGGAAACGAUUUCCGAGUCAAAACAUGUAUGGUUAAUUUGUUUUAUGGAAAAUACUUAAUAUAAGUUUCUCGUCUGAACAAAAUUUUUGCAAAAUGUCUGAUCGAUGACACUGCGCUAACGGGCAGUCUCGGGAUCAUUUCGUACCAACGGACGAUUUAGCUCUUUUUUACCGCUAUAUCAACAGGCUUUGCACAUAUGCCCCCAUCCUAACCCUGUCGAACUUUCGCACAUACAGUUCAACAAUCGAAUUAAAAAUGUGUCUUGUCGCAGUCGCGGUGCUCCGGUAUUUAGGUUUUUGCCUACGCGGCUGCUUCAGUAUAUACAGGAUGUUUCCUAAUUUAAUCUCAACAUUGAAAGGGUCAAUUUUGUUUCCAUUUUAAGAAAAAACUUCAUGUGAAGGUAUGUUCUAAGGGUCGUAACUUUUGAGAUACAGGCUGGUAAUGUUUUCAAAAAUAAAGGUUUGCAGUACCACUUAGAUAUUUUAAUGAAAUUUUUCACACUAUGUAUCAAGAGGCAUUUUUAAUAUCCACCAGUGGCGUUUGUACGAAAUUAUACUCGCCUAUUUUAGCGUAUAUUGAUGGCACGCAAUUGAUUUCUCUUAAAAUGAAAAUUAUUCUAAAAACCACCAAUUACUUCUAAGCAAAUUGGCUCGCUUAAUUUCUUUCAGUCUGAUGUACGGUUUUCGUUUAAAAAAAAAACCGUUUCACUGCAUGAUCAUAACAAUAUCGUCGUAGCCUUCAACUUUGAUUUUAUCUCUUCGCAUUUUUUCCUAUCCAAAAACAAAAAGCGAGUUACCAAAUGAUACUGCUCUUUUUUCAUCGUAGCGAAAAUCACGAAACUCGUGUUACUAGAAUGGCUGCCAACGUAUCAAUCAAUCUGAAAUUUGUUGUGCCGUCGUUUGAUAGUUGACAGCACACGAUGAUAACACCAACUUCCCUCUGUCGUCAAAUACGGGUACUUAUUGAACAAGCCUCGUACAUGCAAACAAGCUCUACGCGCGCAUUUCUGAGGGACUCGUCCUCCUCACCUUCUGUACGAAUGCCUGUCUUCCCUUAGACAGUGUAACCUCCUAUAAAUAGUCUUCAUGAGUGGUGCCUUCAAAAUCGUGGUUCUGGAGUGUCCGAAUGCCAAUUCCAGCCUCUACAUAUUGCUGGUGGCACUUUUUGCUCCAAUAUGUAGAAGAAUGAUUAAAGCUAGAGCGAAUAUUCUGGUACCCUUGAUAUUUCCUUAUUGAAUUUAAGACUGACAACCUCUAGUAUGUAUUGAAUUUGUUUGUAGCAAAUUCCUCUUAACCUCAAACAAACCAUCUUUGACAAUCUCUUUUAGUUAGUCUGCUUUUGAAAAUGUAAAACAUAAACAAAACCCUACAGUUUUGCUAAAAGACUUGUCAUAGAUUCUUUGUUUUAUUUGUGUGUAUAUAUCUUACUGCCGCUAUUCCGAAAAGAAACUUCAGCAUUAGUCGUACAGGAGUUUUGAAGUUGAGACAGUAUUUUUUGUUUGAACUAAGAAAUAUAUUAGUACUAUAAUAGGUUCAACAAGUAUUUUGUAUAAUAAUGCAUAUGACCAGUAUUUUCCUUUAAUUUAUUUAAACCUUUUUUGUAUAAACGGGGCUUGUAGAUGUAGUAGACAAUCAACAAAUCGUCUGGGAGUAGUUAGUGAAAACUUUUAUUUGGGUAUGACGUUACUGUUAUGAAUAUCCUUGAUGUACUGGGUUAUUCAUUUAGGGAUACUUUUUCAAGAUCAUAAAAAUAUAAAAACAAUCAACUGCGCCAGUUCAUCUUUAUUAUGGAGCAAAAGAAACAUAUAUGUCAUUCAUUUUUUGACAUUUUUUCAAAAUGUUGCCAUCAUGUAGCGUAAAAGUCCAAGUUUUGUAAGACGCAUCCCAUACAGAUUGACCGAUUCUUCUCAAAUAACGUGAGUAAUACUGAUUCCUAAUUCUUCAGAGUAGAUCACAUUGAGCACAAUAACCUGAAUGUCAAUAAUGUUUCUUUUCUUCAAUAUUAGGGCUGCCAGAUAUUACUUAUUUUCUCAAUUAUGUGAAUAUAGAAGCACCAUGUUGCGUAGCAACCCGAGUGAGGAGGCCACGGACGCAGAAACGGCUUGCCGCGUUGAAAGGGGUCGUUCUCUUUCUAACAUGCGUCUUGCACGCUUUUCGAACUUCUCUCUCGUACACAUUACCUCGUCAGGGAGUUCUGAAUUUCUCCGUAUGCAAUUUGUAAAACAUUUGACAAAGCAAUAUUAAGCAUUGCCAGACUCUUCACGCAGAGCAUAAUUUCUAUGACCGUUCAGAAAAAAUUAUCUAUGCAAAAGUUAGCCUAAUAUGAAGCUUUUCAUACAAUUCCUUCUUUAUGUAUAGGAUGUCAGUGCUAUUGAAUAGUGUCAUGUCAUAUAUUACUUUAUUUGAUAGGACUUUCUUGAGACAUAGUAUACAAAAACAAUCAAGGAUGAAACAUAUAAUGUAUUUGAACAGUCAUUCAAAAAAGUUGGAGAGUGAUCAAUUUAUUGCUGGGCACCUUGUUUAAAGCGUAUCAUCUGGCAGAAGUUAUGGCUGACGGGAAGUGUCUGGCAGUGCUGAAUAUUAACUUUGUAUAAUGUUUUAUACGGUAUAUAUAAAAAUCAGCCAUCAGAGCCUAAGUGAGGUUAGUCUUACUCGUAUUUAUCCUUUUUCGUCUGGUAUCAGCAAAUCGGACCAUUACCCAACUCGGCGAGUACUCAGGCGUUGAAAGUACAUGCAAUGCCCCACGCUUUGUCUUUGAGAAAAUAAGUAACGUUUGACAAUCCUGGGAUGUUAACUCUAUCAUAUUUGUUUUAGAAAAGUGCCUCUAAAUCAGUCACUCGUAACAACUAUUAAUCAUUACUGAAUACUCUUUUGAGUUUAGACUAGAAUUGUUAUCUAAAUCGAAAACAAAAAGUACCUUUUCAAUUUCAAAACCCUACUUUACAACGUGGCUCUUUGAAUGGUCCUAUAAGAUAGUGAAGAAAAUAUUUAUCUUUUAUUUGUUCUAUAUAUCUUCUAGUCAAACAUCCAUCGUAUCUAUACGACAGACUUAAACACAUGCGCCCUGAGAGAGAAAGUGUUGCGUCUAUAAUGUAAUGUUCAUGUUAGGCCUAAAAAUAGGCGCAAUGAAGAAAAUUAAUAGGAACUGACAUGAGGUUGAAUUGAAAUUGAUGUACAGGGUGAUCAAAUUGUAAGUGUAGUUCACUAAAAAAGACGUAUAGACUUCAGACGGUUGAAAUAUUGCAAUAAUUUCACAAGAUACCAAGAUAGUAAAUUUAGUCUCGAUCAUUCACCCUGUAUAAACGAGUUUCAUAAUUUUGAUUCUUCUCUUAGCAUUAAGUUAAAAGAAUGAGCUGGACGCUUUCAAUAAAGACUGGUCCGUACUAUAAAAAUGCAUAUUCGGUGGUUUUGUAUUAUCAAAUCAGUUGUAUUAUGUCUGGUAAAAUUGGCUGUGUGUUGUGAAAGUUUACUACAACUAUAUUACCUUAUCGUAAAAACAUAAAAUCGGAUGGGAUACAUAAUUUCAUAGUUGUAGAUUUCAUGUACCCUGGUAAAGCAAUGGUUUAAAUCUAGUUUACAUCAGGCUUCGUUAAUAAAGACGUAAACUACGAUUACCUAAGGACAACCUGGUGCAAGUAUAUCUAAUUCGUUGUUAGGUUUUUUGGUGAACAUUUGACUGACCAAAAAAUGUCUCUCUAGCCGGACAGUAUCUACAUGAAAGCUUGAAGGUGGCCUCAUUACCUCAGAUAUCAGAUACGCCUUGCAGGGUCAAGAUCGUGCAUACUUACAGGGUAAUAAUAAGAAUCUGUUUCCAUGAUAACGUGAUUUGAACAACUUGGAAUGUAAAGAAUAAGCGUAUGUUUCUUGAUAUUCGCAUUCCCAUCUGCAAUCAUGUAGUAUAACAAGAAAAAUCUUCUUUUUUUUUUUGUUGAAAAGCAUGUUGUAAAAGACAAUCAAAAUCCUGAUACUUCAUUUUUUUCUACAAACAAACAAUCAGAUAUAAUUAGAAAACAUAGAUUUCGUUCGUUUUGUAAUAUGUUCAUACCUACAACACCCCGCCUAACAGCGUUAUAGUACAGUAAUUUUAGACAUUCGUAAAGAUCGGAAUAUAUUCACAAAUGUUUAUUCUUGAGUCCAAAAAAGGAGGACAGCGUUAUUCGGUAUGAUCCAAUAUUGGAUGAAACGAUCGUCAUGAAGCAGAAAAUGACACGUUUUAGACGAUCCGCUACCUCGCACUCUUGUAAUAUGUUCAUACCUACAACACCCCGCCUAACAGCGUUAUAGUUCGUUGGUUUUAGACAUUCUCAAAGGUCAGAAUAUGUUCAAAAAUGUUUGUUUGUGUCCAAAAAAGGAGGACACCGUUAUUCGGAAUGAUCCAGUAUUGGAUGAAACGAUCGUCAUGAAGCCGAAAAUGACACGUUUUAGACGAUCCGCUAGUACGCAAAGAAGAAUUAAAAGUAUUUGCUUCAUUAUGAUAACGAAGUUUAAUAAAAACUGCAACCAGACCACGGUUUUAUUGGGGUACUACAUCGUAUUUCAAUCAAUUUGAGUAAAAUGAGCAGAAGUAAAUAAAGUAAGUGGCAAGAGUAGUAAGUUAUUGUUAGUUUUCCCAUAAAAAGAGGUGAAAAGUAUGGCGGAAAUUUUCAGUGUAAUAUAGAUCGUUUUAUACCUAGUGCCAAACAAAAGAUAUUAUUUGAUUGUAAGGAGUUCGUUUACAGAAAAUUAUAGAUGGAACAUAAAUAUGAGAUUUUUUUGUUAUGAAGUACAAAUAAAUUAAAAAUAUUUCCAAUAUGAGUAAAAAAGCCAUUACAGAACUCCUGAAGUAAGUGUCAAAUUACCAUUAAAUAUCGAAGCCAUAUUUUUCUACUUUUCAGUGAACUUAGAGAGUUAGCCAAUUUUACUGCGAUCGUAGAACUAUGUAUAUUAUGGUGCUGUUACGUUAAAUUUUCUUUUUGUCAUGUAUAGUAAUAAUGGAUAUUUUUUUCAAAGUUGUACGUAUUGUAUUGAUUGUUCGAUUCUUUUAUAAAUAUAUAUUUUGUAGCAAUCCUAUAUAAGCGUCUAUAAUGUCUUAUAAUUAAAUCGAAUAUUUACCUUUUUUGAACAAUGUGAAACCAAUUGUUGUUUUGAAAAAUUAAGCAGGCUUUGUUAUAGCUUACUUGAUUUUCAAGGGUAAAUGUACUAUCAAUGCAAACGUUACUCUAAUCAGUAACCAUAUAUUAAUACUCAGUAACCUUAGACUUUACAGGGUGUUCCAUUUUAAUUUUCCCAACUGAAUAUUUCGAAAACUGCGCAUUCUAGAGAAAACAUGUGUCAAACAAAAGCUGUAGGAUGUAACAUCUGAAACUUAUGACAUUUGGAAAUUUUGACCUGACCUUGAAGAUCAAGGUCCAAGGCAUAUUUGGUUGAUCUCCACAAACUUCACACUGCUGUUGAACAUUUUUGCUAGAGCAAAUUGUUAUUUUGAUUGGACCUUGAAGGUCACAUUCAGACGUAGAACUUCCUCCUUGUUUCAAUUCCGAAGUCAAAAAGGGAGAGUCUUAUAUGACCAUAAAAUGAUCUUGAAGGUUGUGGUCAAGGCCACCUUCAUUUUGCCUUCUCGAAAUCAUAUAAGUUUUGUUUGAAACUUUUUUCUAGGGUGCGUAGUUUUCAAAAUAUUUAGGUGGGAAAUCAAAAUGGGACUAUCGCACACGGAGCAAUAGUUCUUAAAGCAUGGAAGUUAAAGUUGACAUGCCACUUCAGAACGAAUGGUAACUGGUUAAAAUAGCGUCAACGUAGAUAAUACAUAAAUGGUACAUAUCGUGUUUUCGUUUGAUUUAUAUCGAUUAAAACGAAUUUGUUUUUCUGAUUAAAAGUUCCUAAGUUAUGACAUUCGUUUUUAAUCGAUAAAUUUGAUCUCACGAUAUCCCGCAAUUCUCUUAAUCUGUUUGAACUAGACGAUUGUGUUGUAUCAUGGGUAUCACUUGUAAAAAUGAGCGUAUUUAGUUUAAUCGACUGGCAAAUAAAUAAAAAAUGAUUAUAGGUAAGACAAAGUUAGUGUAAGAGGCUGUAGACUAGUGGAAAUUGACAAUUGAAUGAUAAAGGUACAUAGUACAAAAUAAUAAAACUGGCUACUUUAAUCAGCAGUUAGAUUUGAUGUUGAUCAUGUCAGGCCUUCCAGCCAAGUUCACAAUUCCAGCCCAUAUACUUCAUUAAAUUAUGUCAUCUUGUUACGAAAGCUUGCUGUGAGGAUUGUUGACUUGUCGAAUCGACACGUAGAAAUUCGUACUGAAGCAAUAAAUUCCUCCACUAACUGUCAAAUACUCCAGAAGGAAAGACUAAAGGGAUUACUUUCCUUCCAUCACAAAGUUCGAGGGAAAAGGGUGACAUUUAUUUUCGAUUCACUCUUGUGACAGGGAAGGGAAGUAAUGGCAUCGUGCAUAGGCUGCAAAUAGGGUCAAUUAUUUCACAACAGCUAGAUAUUGAGUGCUGUGUUGUACUCCUGGACCAGAGCUGAUCUUAUCUUUGGAGAUCGUACCGCCUCGAAAACCUUGUUUUUCAUUUCGCAAGAUCUUGUCUAAUAAUGUAACUCCUGAAACUUAUCCAGUGGUUUUCAUGUUCAUACUACUACAUUGUCUGGCCGAAUCAAAACCAUAAACCACGUUUUACAAUUGAUCACGUAAUUCACAAUUAUAUGACAAUAUAUUUUGCUUUCUGUCUUCCAGGUGACAUUUCGUUUUUUGUUUCCCAGAACCACCUGGGAUGGGCAUUCCCGGUCCCAAAAAUACGUCCAGCUCCCAAAAGCGACAAGCGAGCAUAGUAUUAUCUGUCUUUAAUCUACCAGACAUGUGACCCUCGUUGAUCGUUCCAUAAACAUUGCAGAUGCAACAUUUGUAUUCGAUGAUUGCAUAACAAUUAACUGCUAUGCUGAGACAAGGGUUCUGGGUAGGUUUUCGCGUUUUUGGAAAGACGGGCGAGGGUGACGUGUUUGAUACAUUAAAAAUGACAUAACGCUUUAAAAUGAUGUCUCUCUUGGAGCGAGAAUGCCUACCGCAGGUGGUUCUGGUCUCAGCAUGUUACAGGAUCGUUAAGAAUAUUGUAGUAACAAAUUCCAUAUUAAUAUGAAACAGGAAACGCCACUUGGAAGACAGAAAACAAAAUAUAUUGACACAUUAUUAUCAAUUGUACUUGAAAAGAACACAGUGGUGGACGAAACAUCGUAAAAUAAACAGAAAUCUAAACAUAAGCGUGGUUUUGAUUCGGCCAGAGAAUGGAGUCCUAUCUUGUCUAACUUCAACGGUCUAUUACCUCAAGCGCAAUUGAUUCUUAACGUGUCGUAGAGUUAGUGAAAUGUGCAAUAUUCGUGCCUGAUGGUAACUGAUAUCCGAUUUAAAGGAAAUAGAAGACCCCGAUCACAAACCAUUUACUUGUACAUACAUCCGCUUCAAAAUAAUGUUUCUUGAAUACCUACUUGAAAACUACCAAUCUUCCUGUGUAUACAGAAUAAGUCGAUGAACUGCUUACUAGAAUUUUCUAAAAACAAAUGCUUUUAGUUGGAUGCUACAGACAUUGUUUAUUACUUCAUUUACAAGCAGAUUAUCAAUGGUAUUGAUGAUAGAUUAGACAAGGUGUCUGUUAUUUAAAGUUGAGAAUAAUGUAGGUGUUUGUCAAAGAAGCAUGCCCAUCAUAAUUUUGACUAAGAGAUGUUUUGUGUGAUCUAUUGGCGAUACCUCUGCAACAUGUUUAUAAAGUUUUUGGAACAUUCUAAUAGGAGAUCUGCGUGAAAAAGUUAAUAGAAGUUUUUCGUACUGAAUUUAUACCAAAAUCGUAUUAGGUCGAAUAUAAUUCGUAAUCAAUUUCAAUGAAGAUUACCGUCCAGUUGAUUGCAUAGUAAUGGCAAUCAAAGUAUUAUAAUUGUAAAAUAAAGCGGUAUGUUGUAAUCUUCCAUUAUGUCUUGUCAAUAUGUAUACAGAUUGUUUAGAUUUAAUAAUAAAUAAUUUUUCCUAAUAUA